GAUGUGCACUAGGGAUAGGGAUCUCUGGCGUAUGCGGUGCCCACUCAUAUGCAACUGGGCGGUUGAGCUUCACCUCCCACAUCGAGUGCGCCGUCAGUUUGGUUUGUUCCAGGCACAUCCGCCGGAGUGGGAGGACACGGACAAGUUGCUACACGCGUUGGAUAGGAAAAGGCAGCGGAAGAUUAAGGAUUGGGCCAAGCAUCACAGAAAGUAUGUCGUACAGUUUGCGCUUAGUGUGGAGCAAGCUAGGGCUGGAAAAGGAGUCCAGCUUCGUGAGCACUGCCCUGUAGCGUUCAACAACUAUCUCACAUGGUUUCUUGCAAGUACCCGUGUGGAGGUAUGCAAGCCGGCGUAUGCUGAGGAGAUUUUGGAAGAACCCACUGUUUUUGAUGAGGUAGCCCAACACCAGUACAACGCAUUAGUCAGGAAAGGCAACUCAGUGAUCCCUUCAGCUCCAAUGAUGAACUUUGUGCGUGCCCAGAUCAAGAAAGCAGCUGAUGAGACCGAGACUAUUCUUGAAACAACCCCGGCUGGCAAAAGCGAUGGAGAAGGUGCACUUCGAGCAUUCAUCAAGCGCCAGGGCCAAAAGUUAAGGCGGCUAUCAAACCUUUUUGGUUGUCGUGACCCCGAGUAUGUAUCACCAGAACGGUCUAGGUCGGCGACACCAUCAGAUCCCGCUUCGGGCCAGAGCCAUGGUGAUCAUUUGGAGGAUGAGGAUGUGGGUGUGGCACCCAAGAGGUAUGGCAUGAGCAUAUAUAUCCAAUUGUUGAUGCAUUGCUAACCUCACACACGGUCUUUCCAUAUCUUUUGUUGAUGCAUAGGUUGCUGAUGAUGAUAUGACCUUGGGGGCGUACCAGGUUAGGUUUGCAUACAUACUAAAGCCUAGAAAGGGAAUCAACAAGUACACACCUGAAGACUUCACCGAAAGAGGCAAAAGGACGGUCGGCACCUCGCGGAUGGCGGCUUUGGAUGACUAUUUGGAUGACGAUGUCGAUGACGUGGAGGAACCGGAGCCGGAGCGGGAGCGUGUUCCUCUUCCUAGGAAGGUCAAGAAGUUAGCCAGCAAGA